AUGCCUGACGCCUUUACGGAUAUUGCAAAAGUGACGAGAUCAAGUAUACCUGCUGCAAACUGUCCUGCGAGGUUAGAAAUCCCGAACUUCGGGCAAGAUGCCGCCGUGCCGGGGCAAGGCUCGGCCGAGCCUACCCUAGGUGGAGGCACGGCGACGAUAACUUGGGUUGAACAUGUGGAAAUUGAUGAUAAGACACAAACUCAUCGACUCUAUAGAGAUCUUGUUUGUGGUAACAAUGCAUAUGGAGCACAAAGAUGGAUUGCUACUCUCGAAAGAAUGUGUCAAAGAUUUGAUACCUCAAUUAAUGAAAAUUCAUCUCACAACUAUGAUACUAACAGGAAAAUUCAAAUAUCUCAUGUUAUAAAAGGAUUAAAAGCAUAUAUCAUCCUCUCCCACAUGAUGGUCAAGAGCUUUUGUGGAAUGUUGAGCAUGUCUAGAAAACUUGAUUUCCCACAACUAACAUAAGUGAAUAAUAUCGGGGUCCGAAUUAACAUUCGUGAAACCAACGAACAUGGCGAGCCCAGUUGGGAUGUCCUUUCUGAUAAAAAUCAAAUGAGGGAGAUUGCAUGCAUUCCAACGGGAACAGAUCCAAGGAAUUGCAUAUCUAUUAUUCGGCCUUUUGCACCAACUGAGAGUAAUAUGCUUCUUUUACAAGAAAGUUAUAUAGACCUUGAAGGGUCUAUGAUUAUCUAUGCUCAUGUUGAGGUAGCUAUUAUCAAUAUCGCAUUGAGCAAUGAGGCCUACUCUUCCAAUAUUCCUGUACUUCCAUCAGGGUUUAUUAUCUCGCAUGAUGGUCGUCAUGAUAAUUUACUUCUUACGGUGGCAUUUCAAAUAUUAGUUCCCUUCCCUUCACCAUCACAAGUGCUGAACGUCGAGUAUGUCGCAGAUGUCAAUACCCUUUUUAGUCUGACUAUUCAAAAAAUAAAAGAUGCUCUCAACUUCACUGACUUAGAUUAA